UUUUGGUUCCCAGGGUUACACUGGACUUGGAAAGAGUGUUUUUGUGUACAUACUAUUGUAUGGCUUUAUUUAUUUUUUUACUGUGCAAAUCAGCUGGAAGAUUUUUUUCCAAGUGCCAUUUCGGGUUUAUUCAUCCUUUUUUUCCCCUCCCCCUCUUCCCUCGAAUAAUUCUGCUGUUGUCAUAUUAAGCAUUAGAGUCCAGAGAAUUAUUUUUCCCCCUCUGGAGCUCGAGGCUUGCCAACAGAAGGACAGCUAGGAAAACUGGAUUAAAAAGAUGGUUUUUAUCUGUGUUUCUGUGUUUUGCAAUUAAGACUGAUAUUUUGAAGGCACACUUUUUUCUGUGAUUCGUUUUUUAGCCCAUAGUGCUAACCCUGAAGAGAUUUGUGGUUGGGAUUUUGAUUUCUAAGAAGGUCAGAGUUUUUCCUCUUUUCCUUUCCUUUUUUGCUUUUUUUUAUAAAAGGGGGGGAGGGGAAAAGGACUAAGAAAGGAGACCAUGUUAACUGGUAGAAGUAGAAUGGAGCUGCAGUUACCAGGGUCCUGAGAGCUGGAAGAAAAAGGAUUCAGACUUCAAGUUGGGAGGCCCUCCUCUCACCUUUCUUAGAAAUUGCAAGGGAUUCAAUCCUGACCAAGAAACUGAGGCUUCAGGAUUCUGGAACCGUGGAGAUACCAAGAAGCCAUGAGUGUAAGAUUACCCCAGAGUAUAGACAGGUUAAGUAGCCUGUCUUCUCUAGGAGAUUCUGCACCUGAGCACAAAUCCCCUUCCCACCACCGCCAGCCAUCUGACACCUCAGAGACAACAGGUCUUGUUCAACGCUGUGUCAUCAUCCAGAAGGACCAGCAUGGCUUUGGCUUCACAGUCAGUGGGGAUCGCAUUGUUCUGGUGCAGUCUGUACGUCCUGGAGGUGCAGCCAUGAAAGCUGGUGUGAAAGAGGGAGACCGGAUCAUCAAAGUCAAUGGCACCAUGGUGACCAAUAGCUCACACCUGGAGGUGGUGAAACUUAUCAAAUCUGGUGCCUAUGUUGCACUGACCCUCCUCGGCUCGUCACCUUCGUCCAUUGGUGUUUCUGGGCUCCAGCAGGACCCAUCCCCAGCAGGAGCACCUCGAGUAACCCCCAUGAUUCCUCCGCCACCACCACCUCCACCCCUACCACCUCCACAACGCAUCACAGGACCCAAACCUCUGCAGGAUCCUGAAGUUCAAAAGCACGCUACUCAGAUCCUCAAGAAUAUGCUGAGGCAGGAAGAAAAAGAAUUGCAGCGUAUCUGUGAGGUGUAUAGCCGGAACCCUGCCAGCCUGCUGGAAGAGCAGAUUGAAGGUGCCCGGCGGCGAGUCAUUCAGUUACAGCUGAAGAUCCAGCAGGAGACUGGUGGCUUAGUGGACAUACUUCCACUCUAUGAUGACAGCAGCCAAAGACCAUCAGAAGGCCACCUCUCCCUGGAUUCCCAAGAGGCAGACAGUGGCUUGGACUCUGGGACAGAACGCUUUCCCUCCAUCAGUGAGUCAUUGAUGAAUCGAAACUCGGUACUGUCAGACCCUGGACUAGACAGUCCUCGAACCUCUCCUGUGAUCAUGGCCAGGAUGGCCCAGCACCACAGGCGACAGGGCUCAGAUGCACCAGUCUUCCCAUCCAGUGACCAGGCUGUAGAUCAAAACUCAAAGCCUUUAAUUAUUGGCCCAGAGGAAGAUUAUGACCCGGGUUAUUUCAACAACGAGAGUGACAUCAUCUUCCAAGAUCUUGAAAAACUGAAAUCACGUCCAGCUCACCUAGCAGUUUUUCUACGUUACAUCUUCUCUCAGGCAGACCCCAGCCCACUGCUUUUUUAUUUGUGUGCAGAAGUUUAUCAUCAGACGAACCCUAAGGAUUCCCGAAGCUUGGGGAAAGACAUCUGGAAUAUUUUCCUAGAGAGAAAUGCGCCUCUCAGAGUGAAGAUCCCCGAGAUGUUACAGGCUGAAAUUGACUUGCGCCUGCGGAACAGUGAGGAUGCUCGCAGUAUUCUCUGUGAAGCUCAGGAGGCAACCAUGCUGGAGAUCCAGGAGCAGAUUCACGACUACAGAACAAAGCGUACCUUGGGGCUGGGCAGCCUGUAUGGUGAAAAUGACCUUCUAGACCUGGAUGGGGACCCUCAGAGAGAGCGCCAAGUGGCUGAGAAGCAGCUGGCUGCCCUCGGAGAUAUCUUGUCCAAAUACGAGGAAGAUAGGAGUGCCCCCAUGGACUUUGCCCUCAAUACCUACAUGAGCCAUGCUGGGAUCCGUCUUCGGGAGGCAAGACCCUCCAACACAGCAGAAAAGGCCCAGUCUGCUCCUGACAAGGACAAGUGGCUACCCUUCUUCCCUAAGACCAAGAAGCAGAGCAGCAAUUCCAAGAAAGAAAAAGAUGUCUUGGAGGACAAGAAGCGAAACCCCAUCCUCAAGUACAUUGGGAAGCCCAAAAGCUCUUCUCAAAGCACAUUUCAUAUUCCCUUGUCCCCUGUGGAAGUUAAGCCAGGCAAUGUGAGGAACAUCAUUCAGCACUUUGAGAACAGCCAGCAGUAUGAUGCCCCAGAACCGGGGACACAACGACUCUCAACAGGAAGUUUUCCUGAGGACCUGCUGGAAAGUGACAGUUCACGCUCAGAGAUUCGCCUGGGCCGCUCUGAGAGCCUCAAGGGCCGGGAAGAGAUGAAGAGGUCUCGGAAGACUGAGAAUGUGCCUCGUUCUCGAAGCGACGUUGACAUGGAUGCUGCUGCUGAGGCCACUCGCCUCCACCAGUCAGCCUCAUCCUCUGCCUCCAGCCUCUCCACCAGAUCUCUUGAGAACCCAACCCCUCCCUUCACCCCCAAAAUGGGCCGCAGGAGCAUUGAGUCCCCAAGCCUAGGAUUCUGCACAGAUGCCCUCCUUCCCCACCUCCUGGAGGAUGAUCUGGGCCAACUGUCUGACCUUGAGCCAGAGCCAGAUGCCCAAAACUGGCAGCACACAGUAGGCAAGGAUGUAGUGGCAGAGCUGACCCAGAGGGAAAUUGACCGGCAGGAGGUCAUUAAUGAGCUGUUUGUGACUGAAGUUUCCCACCUGCGCAUACUCCGAGUCCUAGACCUCAUCUUCUACCAGCGAAUGAAGAAGGAGAACCUAAUGACCCGGGAGGAGCUGGCUCGGCUCUUUCCUAACCUGCCUGAACUCAUAGAGAUUCACAAUUCCUGGUGUGAAGCCAUGAAGAAACUGCGGGAGGAAGGCCCCAUCAUCAAAGACAUCAGUGACCUCAUGCUGGCUCGAUUUGAUGGUCCUGCCCGAGAGGAACUCCAGCAAGUGGCUGCACAGUUCUGUUCCUAUCAGUCAAUAGCCCUAGAGCUGAUCAAAACCAAGCAGCGGAAGGAGAGCCGAUUCCAGCUUUUCAUGCAGGAGGCUGAGAGCCACCCUCAGUGCCGGCGGCUGCAGCUUAGAGACCUCAUCAUUUCCGAGAUGCAGCGGCUCACCAAGUACCCACUACUGCUGGAGAACAUCAUCAAGCACACAGAGGGUGGCACAUCUGAACAUGAGAAGCUGUCCCGGGCCCGGGACCAGUGCCGGGAGAUUCUCAAGUUUGUGAAUGAAGCAGUGAAGCAAACAGAGAAUCGACACCGAUUAGAGGGCUAUCAGAAACGCCUAGAUGCCACCGCCCUGGAGAGAGCCAGCAACCCCCUGGCAGCAGAGUUCAAGAGCCUGGAUCUUACAACCAGGAAGAUGAUUCAUGAAGGACCCCUGACCUGGAGGAUCAGCAAGGAUAAGACCUUGGACCUCCACGUGCUGUUGCUGGAGGACCUGCUAGUGCUGCUGCAGAGACAGGACGAAAAGCUGCUGCUUAAGUGCCACAGCAAGACAACUGUGGGCUCCUCAGACAGCAAGCAGACCUUCAGCCCUGUGCUCAAGCUCAACGCUGUUCUCAUCCGCUCCGUGGCCACAGAUAAACGGGCCUUCUUCAUCAUCUGCACCUCCGAGCUGGGACCUCCCCAGAUCUAUGAGCUGGUUGCAUUGACGUCAUCAGAUAAGAACACAUGGAUGGAGCUCUUAGAAGAGGCUGUGCGGAAUGCCACCAGACACCCUGGAGCUGCCCCAACACCCAUCCAUCCCUCACCUCCAGGCUCCCAAGAUCCAGUCAACCUGGGCCCCACCCCCAGCAGGAUAAGACUAGGUGACUCAGAAGUAUACCAUAGAGGACCAGAACCAGAGGAGCUACCUGGAGGCAUUGAGCCCCAGCAGGGAAUCCAAGGGAAGCAUCUAGGUACACUUGAGCAGCCUGAACAAGAGGGCAGUGUAGGUGAAGAGAAGCCAGGUGCUCUGUCUCACCCUUCCCCCUGCCUGGAUGGAGAGAUCAGGGGCAUCAGGACAAGGGACCCUAUUCACCUGGCCCUCCCAGGCCCUCUGUUCAUGGAAGGACUCGCUGAUUCAGCCCUGGAAGAUGUGGAAAACCUGCGGCACCUGAUCUUGUGGAGCCUGCUACCAGGUCACUCUGUGGAGACUCAGGUUUCCGGGGAACCUGAGGAUGACCUGACACCUACGCCUUCUGUCAUCAGCAUCACCUCUCACCCCUGGGACCCCGGCUCCCCAGGGCAGGCUCCCACUGGGGAUCACAGGGACAACAUCCAGCUUCCAGAGCUAGAGAGAGGUCAGCCAGAGCAAGAAGACAUGGCUCUCUGUUCUCUAGCACACCUACCCCCAAGAACCAGGAAUUCUGGGAUCUGGGAAUCUCCAGAGCUGGAUAGAAAUCCAGCUGAAGAAGUGGCAAGCACAGAAGCAGCAGGAAAUUACAAAGUUGUAAGAAAAGCUGAGGUGGCAGGCAGCAAGGUUGUCCCUGCACUACCAGAGAGUGGCCAGUCAGAGCCUGAGCCACCUGAAGUGGAAGGCGGAACACAGGUUACGGGGAACUGUUUUUAUGUCAGCAUGCCAGCAGGACCUCUGGACUCAAGCACUGACCCUGCAGGGGCACCAACAAGCUCCCCCCAGUCUGACAGCCUCCCUGCCUGGCAGACAGAGCCUCUGCUCCAGCUGCAAAGAGGCAAUGGAGAUCAGAGACACCCCCUCUGCUCUCCCCCUAACCUGGCUCUCAGGGAUGUAGGCAUGAUCUUCCGAACCAUUGAGCAGCUCACCCUCAAGCUCAACAGGCUCAAGGACAUGGAGCUGGCCCACAGAGAACUGCUCAAGUCCCUUGGGGGAGAGUCGUCUGGUGGCGCCACGCCUAUGGGCAAUUUGCACACAGAGGCAGUCAGAUGGAAAGACAGCUCCCUCUCACCUGCACCCAAGGAAGCCCUGGCCUCUGGCUCCCAGAACAGCAAUGAACUGGGGACCUGCCUUGAGGAUGGAUCUGAUACCCCCCUGGAAGACAGCACCAUAGACACAGCUGAAUUACCAGGACUGUAACCAUCCAAACCACCACAUUCUCUUCAUCUGCACUCUGUCAGGAGCCAGCCUGUGGAAGAAGCAGUUGGGAAAACAGAUGCAGCUGAGGCCUUGGGGGGAAACUCGCAUGUUGCUUGGUCUGCUCGGAUCCAGAGUCAGAUUUCAGUGUCUCUUCCCCUCCCUUUAGUCCAACCCUCAAAGGCCUUGGUCUCCUAAGCAUGCUGACUGCAUCUGAAAGGUCCCUGCUCAUGCUCACUAUGGUCUGCCCCCUCGCCCCACAUAGCGUGUGCACUAAAAUGUGCAGUGCCCUCAGGCGUGCAAGUGAAGGGAGGAGGCUUCUGUGUAAAUGCACUUUCUCCUUCCCCCUUCUCCACAGGCCCCAGGCAGAGCUGGGUGCCUCCCCUCCUUUGUCACUUUGGUUUUCUAUAAAUAUGUAUGUAUUGUAUGUGCAUCUUUGCUGUUGUAAAUAGCUUGUUUUUUUUUGUUUGUUUGUUUCUGUCCCUGGAGUGCUGAGGCAGUUACAGAGGGACUACUAAGGGAAGAGGGUUUCACUGCAUCUCCAGUCAGCAGCCCAGCGCCAGGGCCAGGGCCAGGGCCAGAUGGUGCCAGACCUGACUGUCUCCAUCCCCUGUAGGCAGGAAGCUCUCCUGGCCUCCAGUCCCACCUAGCUCCAGAGACUUCCUCUGUGCCCUUGUGCUGAACUACCCCUGCCUCAUAGGACUUCUCUGGUUAUCAGGAGAUGGGGCCCAUGGCGAACUUUUAUCCCACCUGUGUCCACCUUCUCCACCUACCCCCAUAGAAAACCAGUAUAGCAGGUAUGGAACUGAAAGUGGACCCCAGGAGGGGGUAGGGGAUUUGAGUACUAGAGUCCCUGAACUAAACCAAGAUCUUUCCCAGGAACCACUCCAGCAAUGACCUAUUACCAUGUCCUCACAACACUCUCCACUGAUCAAUAUACACACUGUGUUGGUGUAUAUAUACAUAUAUAUAUAUAUAUAUAUAAAUAUAUAUAAUAUAUAUAAAAUAUAGAUAUGGAAAUGACUGUUUUGCUGUUAAG